AAGGCCCAAAUGUUCGUGGGGGGGUUGGGUUGAUGGCUGAAAGGCAGGCGUUAAAGGCAAAAGGGGAAGAUGGACAUUGCAGAUCCCGCAGCAGCAGAAAGGUGCAGCCGCAUCACCGGUUUGUCGUAACAUUCGUUUUGAAGAUCGACUGUCCGACUGACUGAAACCCAUGUCUGGAAAAAAUUUGCGAGAAAAAGCAUGCCAACCGGUUUGAGUAUGCCUCUGCCGUCGCCUGAUGUGGGUGGAAAUUGAUCCUCGGCUGGGCCACAGUGAGCGAAGACGAAGAAGAAGUCGAAGAGCCUUCAGGUGCAUGCAUGCAAUCCAUGGAUGCUAAUGGAUGGAUCAUACCAGGUACCUCUGCAGAUUUCCUUGCCUAUUGACCACCCAGAUCAUAUUGAGAUUCGCUGGAAUGCUGCCACCUGAUCGAUUUCCACAGCUUCCGGGGUUUAUCGUGCGGGCGCUUCUUAUUGCAGCGAUUCGGGGAGUGGUCAACAUCACAUGCAUCACCAAUACUACCAGAUACAGCAGCAGUUGCUGCAUCAUCACAGUGGUAGUGGCCAUGGCUUCAGUGUUGCUGGUGGCGGGGUCUCUGCGCCAGGCUCUUCAGUAGCUGAGCGACCCAGUUUCGUUCCCACCACUAUAGCGCCACAAGUGACAACCUUCAUUCAUCCGCCAGCUAUUGCAUACAGACCCAUCCGUCCAUCCGAUUUGAAGAUAUUACAAGAAGUUCAUGAGGCCCUCUUUCCCAUAAAGUACGAGUUGGAAUUUUUUUCAAACGUUGUCCAUGGUCAUGGUAUUAUUUCAUGGGCAGCAGUGGACACAAAUAGGUCGAGUGAGAAGUGUGAUGAGCUCGUCGGUUUUGUCACAGCCCGAGUUGUGGCGGCCACCGAAAGUGAAGAGGCCGACAUGCUGGGAUAUGAACAUGUGAGCACAGAGCGUACUCUUAUUUACAUUCUGACGUUGGGUGUCAUCAAGCAGUAUCGAAAUUUAGGGAUAGCAUCUGCUUUGAUAGGAGAAGUCAUAGAAUAUGCGACAAGCCUGCCUAGCUGCAGGGCUGUGUAUUUACACGUUAUAUCAUACAAUCAUUCGGCCAUAUUCUUCUACAAAAAAAAUAGUUUUCAAUGUUUGCGGAAGCUUCGAAACUUUUACUACAUCAAUGGACACCACUACGAUUCUUAUCUUUACAUAUACUAUGUGAAUGGAGGCCGAUCUCCCUGCUCCGCAAUUGACAUGUUGACAACUGCCAGUGCCUUUGUGCGGAGUCUUUUCACCUCUUGGAUUGCAAAGUACUUCUGGAAGAACGAAACAGGAAGAGCUUUGAAGUAUUCAAAGUGCAAAGAGGGUGGUGGUACAAUAAGUCCAAGCUCUAGUCACCACCUUCAUAUAUCUGAUAGUGGUUGUGUUUAAGGAGGUAAUUUUUCAAUCUUCCUGUAAUUUAAUUGAGAGUGUGAGGACCCGUACCUCAGUCAUAAGAAGUAAUCUAGACGGGCAGCUCCUGCAAGUGUUGGUAGCAAGGUUUUACUUAAUCAUUAGCCCGCUCGGAAAGAAUUCAAAGCUUCAGCAUGUAUUGUUUUCGAAAAUUGUAUUUGAAGUAUGAGGUGUCAAUCUUAUCAGAUUGAAAAUUUGGAACUCAAUCUUUGUAAGAAUUAGAGCCUUUUAGCCUAAGUUCGAAAGGUAAUCCAGAAAGGCACAAAAAUGUUAUGGUUCUACGUAUUGUAGAUCAUUCACAAGGUCCUGAAUAGAAAAAAAGCCUUUUUUGUCC